CUGCCGCGUAUCCCCUUUGUUGUGUCCUACGGGCCGCUCGUUGUACGCAACACGCACCACAGUGAGAGCAGAAGUAUCGACGCACAGAAAGCAGAAGUAGCGAGCGGUCUGCUGCUGCAGCUGCAACUGGGUGUUCAUAUGGAUAGAUUCCUCCCAUCUACCGGCGGUCCAUCUAAUGCCGCCAAAAAAACAUGUGGAGAACCGACGUGUACGAUGAGAUCUCUACUUAUCGCCGCAGUCCACCAGUGCCCAUGCGGGUGGCCGAUGCAUGCCUUCUGUGACCGAGGAAUCGGUGAGGAAGGCUUCGGGCAGCAGAGGGAGUGCCGAGAUUGUCAGAGGAGAACGACUACAGGCAAGAUCGGCACCGGCACAAAUCCCAUGGAGGUGGACAGCAGUAGCGACAACGAGGACAUGAAAAGCAGGACGAGGCAACCGGCUGGGGGCAAAGAGUCAGAGACUGCAAGGAAGGGGAAACGGCCUCAACGCACCGCAGGGAGGACGCAGGUGCCGCGGGGCUGGUCGGCGGAGGCGCCGCAGGGUACGGUACAGGUAGAGUCGCCAAAAAAGUCCGGAUUGUCAAGGAGGUCCAGGGGGGGGCUAAGUGGAGCAUGGUUGCUACAGAGUGGAACUUCGGUACUUCGUACAUACAGCAAGUUGAUGAACCCGGAGAAAAUCGCUGAGCUUGAGAAAGUCCGCAACAUGGAGCUCAACAAGGACGCCCUUCGCGCCUCGAAGCCGGUACACGACGAAGCGGAAGAGAAACUACGCAAGUGGAUCAAGAUCGCACGAGCACGCUUUAACGUAAAUUGGCGCGAGUGGUUCGAUGAUCCAGGCCCAGGCCUUGAAGAUCGCGGCGUAGAUGGGGAAGACCAACUUCAAGGCGACCAACGGCUGGCUACAUCGCUUCCUGAAACGCUACAGCUUCACUCGCGUCCAAUUGCCCGGAGAAGCUGGCGACGUGGACAAGCAGAAGGUGGCAGAGGAGAUCGAGAGGAAGCGAUAUCGAGAGGAAGCGAUGUAGUUCGACGUCGAGUCCAUUUUCAACGUGGACGAGACGGGACUUUUCUUCCGCUGCUUCCCGAGUGGUACAUAGUCACGAGGGGGGAGGCCGCCGCCGACGUCAACAGCAAAACCGUGCGGGGUUCGAAGGCCAUGAAGGCCAAGGAUCGGUGCACGGUGGUCCCCUGCUGCAAUACGACCGGGUCUCUGAUGGUGCCGUUGGCCGUCAUCAGCACGUCGAAAAACACGAUGAUUUUCCGCCACGUCCGCAAACCGCCAUGUCCCUACUUCGCCCAGGAGAGUGCCUGGCUCGACGCAGCCAUUUGCCAGCGGUGGUUUGACGAAGUCUUUGUUGCCUUUGUCAAAGGCAAGACCUCCAAGAAGGUGGCCCUCUUGUGGGACAACUGCCCCGGCCACAAGAUCAACAGCAACGACCCGCAGAUCUUCAUCAUGUUCUUGCCUCCGAACGUCAUUUCUGUCUACCAGCCCAUGGACAUGGGCAUCCUGUUUGUACUCAAGUGCCAGUACAGGAACGAGAAGAUGGCAAGGCUGGCAGACCUCAUCGAGGACUGGGACACAGUCCGUGCACGAAAAAUCCAAAGAGGGUGCCAGGGCUUCAGCGAUGCAGGACAGGCGACAGUGCUGGACGUCACGGAGAUCUGUUCCCAGAAGUGGCGUAGCUUCGACGUUCAGACGGUCAUCAGGUGCUGGCUCAAGGCUGGCAUCCUUCCCACGGAGCACUGCAACGUUCCCAAGGGCAUGGACACUCGGCUUGACCGAGAGGACAAGGGCGACGUGGCAAUCAUCGACGGCCUUUGUGACAUGGUCUCAAAAAUGUCGAUGCCAGCUAGCAUAACGGACUAUUAGGUCCAUGCCGCGAGUGUUGACGGACAAUUCGUUUGUCGAGAAGGGCACAGACCUCACAGAGCAGGAUGUCCGAACGGCGGUCAAGACGUGGCUUACGGUAGAGGACGGGUGUUAGAAGAGGAGGCGGAGUUAGAACUGCAGGCAGCAGAGAGGGAUCUCGCCGGCUUAGAAAUGGACGACGACGUAUCGAGCGAAGAGGGCGACGGCGACGGCAGGCCGGAGUCGUGCAUUUCCUCGUCCCUCACCGAGGGCGAGGUUUCGCUCGCUUGGAGGACGUUCGAUCCUAUUUGUACGCGAAGAGAAGGGGUGGCGAGUACCGUGAGACGCAGUACCUUGUUUCGAAGACCGUUCAUUCGUUUACUCAUGAAACUCAACAGAGCCGUAGAGCCAGUCGCGGGGGGAGGUUCAGGGAACUCUGCGCGAUAUGUGGAGGGAAACGCCGUCAGGGUAGCUUGGUCGCCGCCGGACAGUCAUGUGUACUGGUGUUCCUCGGUGCGACGCUGAAAUACGCUCGUUUUUUUUGUGUUUCAUGAGAAUGAGAAGUAUAUUUCUACUUGGAUUUUCCUCCUU